AUGAAAUUUGGAGGAAUUCUUGGGUUUGACAAUGGAGUCAUGCUAGCACCUAUGGGUGUCGAUAUCGCUGGACCUGAACUGGUUGCUGCUGUUGCAAAUGCUGGGGGAAUAGGACUCAUCGCAAGUCCUAAUGAUUAUGCAAUGACUGUGAAAGUGAUAAAUGAUACAAGGAAACUAACUACUAAACCAUUUGGAGCUGGGAUAUUGUUAGAGUUUGAACAAGAGAACACAAUCAAAGGAAUAUUUGAUGAGAAGUUGGCUUGUUUGCAAGUGUAUUGGGGUGAUUUUCCCAAAGAAAUGGUUGAUGAAGCUCAUAAGCGUGGCAUUAAAGUUAUCCAUCAGGUUGGGUCAGUGAAGGCAGCUGAAAGGGCAAUAGCUGCAGGAGUGGAUUGUAUCGUAGCUCAAGGUUCCGAGGCUGGUGGUCAUGCUGCUGGUACAGUUUCAUUGACAGCAUUAGUGCCAAGAAUAGUUGAUGCGGUUGGAAAUAGAGGAAUUCCUGUUGUAGCAGCUGGAUCAAUCGCUGAUGCUCGGGGAUACGUUGCUGCCCUUGCACUAGGUGCUCAGGGUAUCAAUGUAGGUACAAGGUUAAUCGCUACAAAUGAAGCGUACACAAAUGACUAUUACAAACAACAACUUUUUCAUUACAUUUUUAGCUAUUUUUACAUUUUUAUCCAUUUAAACAGUAUCAAAAUCUAA